AUGGCAAAUUUUUUGGUGCUCAUGCUGGGUGUUGCCGGCCUCUGUUCAACUUUAUUGGGAUUUGAAUAUCGUAAUCAUUUCGAUGCGGUUCACGGAUGUUUGCAGUACGACAAGGUACCCAGAUACAACCAGUCUGUGGAAUACUUUGCGACGGAUAACUUCCGACACAUUGGUACUACACCAAACUCCAAGUACAUUCGAGUGGGCAUGGUAGGGGAGACCGACGGAACCUUGCGCUUCGGAGCGACACAAUAUCCGCACGAUGGAUUUGUUUGGGAAGUUUAUCUCGCAGGACUACCCGGUCAAUACACGGAGAUUAGCCGACAAACGCGUUCCGGCACCGAGAAUUACGAGAACACAUCGCUGAAAAAGAUCACUACCCCCAACAUAAUGUCCAAAACUCGGCCCUACAUGUUUCGGAUUGAGGUGCUCCAUAACGGCAUGGUACACUUGACCAAGGAUGGCGAAAAAAAACCGUUUUUGGAAUUCGAAGAUGGUGCACAUAAGUUGGAACUGAGUUAUAUUGGUUUUACCUUAUGGAAUUAUGAUGUGUUCUACUUCUACGACUGUCCAUUGAACACGGAGUCCAAUAAUGUUGAUGAUACAGUGCUGUUAAAGUGUAGUUUGGCAUAA